AUGGUUCCAGCGGAGAACCUCAACAUGGAGGCGAGCCUGACGUUCCAGACCCAGCGGCGGUCGACGCUGCGCAUCUUCCUCUCCGAGCACAAGUGGAAGGACGGCCUGCCGACCGAGGAAGAGGCCAUCAUGAUGCUGAACCAGGGCGACGACAGCGCGAUCCCGGUGCCGGCCGUCUUCAUGUUCGUGCCGGGGAUGCCGGUCGUCGUGAACCGCAACACCCACCAGGGCCUGAAGCUGGUGAACGGCGCCAGCUACACGGCGGCGGAGGUCAUCGUCGACAAGGCGCACCCGGGCAUCGCAUCUCGGCCGGCAUGGCGAUCCACUUCGGGCCGCCGGCGGCAAUCAUACUGGGGUCGGAGACGACCAAGGACUUCCACUUCCGUCAGCGGAAGCGACCGUGGCAGCAGAACGACGGGAACGCUGGAGCGCGUGGCGCUCGAGUUGCGGGGCACGAGGACGACCAACGUCGGCGGACGCGCCGUCCCGUCGCAGUGCGACCCGUACAGCCUGUACGUGCAGCUAUCGCGGUGCCCGACGCUGGACGGCAUCAUGCUCGUGUCGAAGGUGCGGAGAGGGACCUGGUGGGAAACCGGGUCCCCGGGAGAUGACCGCAGCACAGGCGAGGCUGGAGGGCUAAGCGACAGGACCGUCCGGGAGGCGCUGCGCUGGCUCGGCGACGAGGUCGAGGCCGCGGAGGAAGGGGAAGCCUUCCGCAGACACAAGAUUUGA